GCGCGCGCACGUACGCACGCGGCGCUGAGGAGACCUAGGGAAGCAGAGCGGCCGCGGCGGCUGCGAGCCGGGAACGCGCGUUGCCAAUGGAGUGCGUCUUGGCCGAAGCGCUGCUCUCCCAGAGCCAGGAUCCCCGCGCCCUGCUCCGGGCGCUCUGCGUCUGGGACACGCCGACCCCGGCGGAGCGGGUUGAGACGCUACGGUUUCUUCUCCAGCGCCUAGAAGAGGAGCAGGAAGACAGCGGCGGCGCGAGCGCACGUCCCGCGUCUCUACUGCUGCAGGAGGCGGUGCGAGAGGUGGCAGCGGGGCACCUCGUGCCUCUGCUUCGGGGCCUGCGGGCCGGCCGGGCGGGGACGCCGGAUGGGGAAUCCUCGGCGCCUCGCGACCGCCGACGCCGCGUGGUGAGGGCCGCGUGCGGGGCCCUGCGCGCCUGCGCCAGCCUCUCCGGAGGCCCCCAGCUGGCGGUCGCACUGGUGUACGAGGCGCUCGAUGACCUGCUCGCCCUAAGACCCGCGUCGGGCCCGGAGGAGGAGGCGGCGGCCCGAGCAGUGCUGGGGGAGCGCGGCGGGCUGGGUGCCGAGGAGGCCGUGGAGGUGCUGGUGGCCGUGGGCCCCUGCCUGCGGCCUGUCGAGGACGGAGCCUUGCUGGAACGCGUGGCCCGGACGGCCUUGGCCGUGGCGCUGGGAGACGAGGACGACGAGGAGCCCGGCGCCGAGGAAGGGGCGGCGGCGCUGGUGGCCGGGAGGCUACUGCCGGCGCUGGGUCGGAGCAGCGCCGUCGCGCUGCGAGCGUUGUGGGCGGGGCUCCUGCCCCGGGAGGAGGAGGAGGAGGAGGAGCCGGAGCCAAGGAGGCCGGGCCCGGCGCCCCGCGUCGCCAGGCUGCUGCUAGUCCUGAGUGCCCUGGCGGACAGGCUGCUGCCCGCCCCGGGUGUGGGCGGAGUUCGGGGCGCCCCCGAGGAGGAGGAGGAGGAGGAGGAGGAGGUGCCCGAUCCUCGGCGCAGCCCUGGCUUCUGGAGGGCGGUGCAGGCCGGCCUGGUGCACCCCGACGGGCUGAGCCGCAAGAGAGCCCGCUAUCUGCUGCAGAGGGCGCUGGAGACUUCCGCGGGGCUGGGGGCCGAGUGCUGCAGCGGGGCCCGCCCUGAAAACGAACCAAGUCUGUUUUGGUGGUUGGAUAAGAAAAAAGAAGAACUCUUGAAGUUUUGGGAAAAUUAUAUUUUAAUAAUGGAAACUCUGGAAGGAAAUCAGAUACAUGUUAUAAAACCUGUCUUACCAAAGCUAAACAGUUUAUUUGACUAUGCAAUGUCAGAGGAAAAAGCAUGUUGGCUCCUUCAUCCAUCCUGGCAUAUGUGCAUUUAUAAAAGAAUGUUUGAAAGUGAAAACAAAAGCCUGACCAAAGAAGGCAUUAUACACUUUUUGGAGCUCUGUGAAACAAAGGGCCUUCCAGGUGCACCAGGAUUUUCUGAGUUUAUUAUUGGACCAUUAAUGGAAGCCCUUUCAGAAAGUUCUUUGUAUGGCAGGUCCCCAGGCCACAAGAUAGGAAGCUGUUCCCCUUUGGGAAUGAAAUUACAGACAUUCUUAGUUACUUACUUUUCCCUCCUUUCAGAAGAUGUAAAGAGUAGUUUUCUAUUGAAAUUCAUUAAGAAGAUGACAAGUAGGCACUGGUGUGCUGUUCCCAUUUUAUUCCUGUCUAGGGCUCUAGCACAUAUCCCACGAUGUAAAGUACUUGGGGUAGAAGGCCUUCUUGCUCUCAGGGAUAUUCUUCAGUGUACUAUGAUCACACAUCAGAUUCUGUUAAGAGGAGCAGCUCAGUGCUACCUUCUUCAGGCAGCCAUGAAUUUGAUAGAUGUGGAAAAGGUCUCAUUUUCAGAUGUCUCAAAUUUUCUUAUGUCUUUGAGGCAAGAGGAGUCCUUAGGCAGAGGUACUUUAUUGUGGACAGAGCUCUGUGACUGGUUACGGGUUAAUGAGAACUACUUUGGAGAAAUUUCCAGCUGCAUUGGUUUUUCUGGCAGGUGUUCCUUAAAUAUGUAUGUACAAAACCUGGUACAAGAUUAUAUUAAGUCACCUUCCUUGGAAGCAGGAGGAAAUUGCUUUAUGCCUGAUUGGCAUGAAGCUAAACUUGUUGCUGUGAUGAUCCUGCUUGCUGCAGAUGUGGAGGAAAUGAAAAAUAAAUAUAGUGAAAAGAAGAAAACACAGAAUGAAUUAAAGGCUUUCUUGCAUCCUCUUAUGGAUGUCCUCAUGAAGCUUGGCACAAAUGCUUACAUACCCUUGCUGAAAACUGACAAAUGCUUACAGUUGUUACUGAAGUUAUUACAGACUUGUUCAUUGAAAGGUUCCCUAACACAAGAUGAUGGUGUACUAAUUCUUCUUCAGAAUUCUGUCAUAUCUGCUACAGAAAGUAUUUUUGAGUUUAUUGUUAGAAGGUUAACUUCCAGUGAAUUGAGUACUGUUUCAGAUCUAGAACGUUGUCACUUAUACUUAACAACAUUAUCUGCACUUGUGAAUUUACAUGGGAAAAUUGGGUGGAAAAACAAUAACUCCAUUUGGAAAUUCAUUUCUGUUUUAAAAAAUGCAUCCAUUCUGCACCUACAAGACAUGAGUAGUGAAAAGGAACCAAAACUUAAUGAACAGAUUCAGAAAGUGGUUAGUAUGGAGUGUUUGGCAGUGGUCUGUGGGAUGCUUGCUCAAAAGUCAGAUCUGCAUCUUGAUUCCUUAGAUGUUGAAAGUUUGGAAAAAUUUAUUUCAUCUUUUCACCUCAACCAGAUAGUAAGAAAGCCACUUACUGAAGAACAAAACAGUUUAUUUGAAGAAUCAUCCUCUUCCCAGGGAUGGGGGAGAGUAGUUGCCCAGUAUAUUCAUGAUCAGUGGCUCUGCCUCUCUUUCCUAUUAAAUAAAUAUUAUAUUCUUAUGCCAACCACAAAGGAUGAGAUGCUGGAACCCUUUCUGCAAGUUCUUCCAAAGCCAGUAGUCAUUUUGCAAUCUGCAUUAGAAGCUCUUAAUAUUCUUCCUUCUGAUCAGGUUUUACCAGUAUUUCAUUGCAUGAAAAUAUUGGUUCCUAAGCUUCUUUGUUCCUCUGAAUCACUAUGCAUUGAGUCUUUUGAUACGGCUUGGAAAAUUAUAUAUUCUUUGAGCAACACGCAACUGAUAUUCUGGUCUAAUUUAAAAGCUUUUGUCCAGUUUGUCUUUGAUAUCAGAGUUCUUACUGUUGCUGCCAGAAUCAAGGGCCAAUCAUACUCAAAAAUAAAGGAGAUCAUAUAUAAGAUAAUUGAAAUGUCCACAACAAAGACUGGGGUCUUCAAUGUAUUAAUAAGUUAUUGCUGUCAAUCUUGGAUAGUUCCUACAUCCAAUGAUAUGACUCUGUCCCAGGAUCCAUUCUCAAGUGCUAGAGAUUAUAUUGAACUUAUUAUUGAGGGCUGCAUUUUUGGAACUGUAUUUAGGCGAGAUCAGAGGCUUAUACAGGAUGUACAAGCCUUCAUAGAAAAUCUUGGAUGUGAAUGUGCAGCAAAUAUUGUCACAGAAAAUACUAACAGAGAUGACCAUUAUGUGAGAGUUUGCGCUAUCAAAUUCCUUUGUUUAUUGGAUGGAUCAAAUAUUUCCCACAAGAUGUUUAUAGAAGAUCUUGCAAUCAAGCUACUAGAUAAAGAUGAACUGGUAUCCAAGUCUAGAACACGCUAUUAUGUAAAUUCUUUGCAACACAGAGUAAAAAAUAGAAUAUGGCAGACUCUACUUGUACUCUUCCCCAAAUUCGACCAGAACUUCCUGGAUCAGAUUAUUGGCAAGAUAUUUGAAGCAGGAUUUGUCAAUAACCAAGCAUCUAUAAAAUAUUUUAUAGAAUGGAUUAUUAUAUUGAUUCUUCAUAAAUUUCCUCAGUUUCUUCCAAAGUUUUGGAAUUGUUUUUGUUAUGGGGAAGAAAAACUCAAAAUGAGUAUUUGUACAUUUUUAUCAGUUUUAUCACAUUUGGAUAUCAUUAUUCAGAAUAUAUCUGAGAUGAAACCUGUUCUGAAACAAGCUCUUACUGUCAUACUUCAGUGGUGUUUCAACCAUAAUUUUAGUGUUCGACUCUAUGCCUUAUUAGCGCUUAAGAAAAUCUGGGCUAUGUGCAAAACUUUGCAUAUAGAAGAGUUUGAUGCUUUGACUGCUGUUAUAGAAUCCAGUCUUCAUCAAGUAGAAAACAUGCAUGGAGUAGGGAAUGCCAAAAAAAAUUGGCAAAGAAUUCAAGAGCAUUUCUUUUUUGCAACAUUUCAUCCACUUAAGGAUUAUAGUUUAGAGACCAUAUUUUAUACCCUUCCACGUCUUUCAGAACUUGUUGAAGAUGAGUGGAUCACCAUUGGUAAAUUCAUAAAAUUCACUGAUAUUCCAAUAGUAGAUUCAGCAUAUCAGUGGUAUCUUUCUGAAACUGAACUUUGUGAACUAAAACCAGGUGACUGGUCUCAGCAAGAUAUAGGUUCCAACUCAGUUGAAGGAGACAGCCAAUUAGAAUGGAUUGAUGUUCAAAAGAAGGUGAUCCCUUGGAAAAAUAAUGUUUCUGAUUUAGAACUUGAUUUGGUAUUUCAAGAUCGUGCUGCCAAACUUGGAAAAUCGAUUAGCAGAUUGAUUGUAGUCGCUUCACUCAUUGAUAAGCCAACCAAUUUAGGAGGUUUGUGCCGGACUUGUGAAAUAUUUGGGGCCUCAGCUCUAGUAGUAGGUAGCCUUCAUUGUAUCAAUGAUAAGCAGUUUCAGUAUCUCAGUGUUUCUGCAGAACAGUGGCUUCCUCUGGUGGAGGUAAAACCACUUCAGCUUGUUGAUUAUUUACAGAAGAAGAAAACAGAAGGCUAUACUACCAUAGGUGUGGAACAAACUGCUAGAAGUUCAGAUUUAACAGAAUAUUGUUUUCCUGAGAAAUCUCUGCUUUUACUGGGAAAUGAACGUGAAGGAAUCCCAGCAAACCUGAUUCAGCAUUUGGAUGUGUGUGUGGAAAUUCCUCAACAUGGCAUCAUACGUUCCCUUAAUGUUCAUGUGAGUGGAGCUUUACUAAUUUGGGAGUAUACUAGGCAACAGAUGAUCAAACAAAGAGAUAUAAAGUAAUUACAAAAAGAGAAGUUUUGUGCCUUAUCUGGAUUUUAUGGUGCUGAGAUACAUUUUUAAACUCUACAUGCACUUACGGAAUAGGCUAAACUUUUAUUGAGGAAAUUUUGUAUUUUUUUGUGAUAUAUUUAUUUUAAUGAUUUAAAAUAUUAAAUACAACUUUGUAAUAAGCAA